AUUUGUAUAGAAUAGACUAGGUUUUUGGGUGUAAGUGUAUUAUCAUGAUGAUUUGGAUAAUCAAAAUUUUAUACCUCUCAACCUACAUUUUGGCUGAUACAAAUAAUGAUGAUAUUGAAGUAGAUCCUAAUGGUUAUAUACUAUAUUGUCCAUGUAUGGGAAGAUUUGGUAAUCAGGCUGAUCAGUUCCUAGGGUCAGUUGCUUUUGCUGAAGCUUUAAACAGAACAUUAGUUUUACCACAUUGGGUGGAAUAUGAUUCUUCUAAGCCAUCAGAUCAAAUACCAUUUGAUAAGUAUUUUAAAGUAGAACCCUUACAGAAAUACCAUCGUGUGGUGUUGAUGUCUGAUUUUAUGGACAAAUUAGCUCCGACAGUUUGGCCUCCAGGAGAGAGAACAGUGUUUUGUUACAGUGAAAGACAUGGUGCUCCUAAAGGAAAUGAAUGCAAUGCUAAGGAAGGAAAUCCGUUUGGUCCAUUUUGGAAUCAUUUUGAUGUAGAUUUUGAUAAAUCUGAGUUAUUUUCUCCUUUAUAUUAUGAUACUAGUAGUGCUCAUCAAAUACAAAGAUGGAAAGACAAAUAUCCUCCAAGUUUGUUUCCUGUUAUGGCAUUUGUUGGUGCUCCAGCCCCUUUUCCUGUUAAAAAACAGCAUUUAUUUAUACAAAAAUAUUUAAAAUGGUCAGAAUAUAUUGAUAAUAAAGCAGAAGAUUUAAUAAGAGAUAAAAUAGAAAAACCUUUUAUUGGUAUACAUUUAAGAAUAGGGUUAGAUUUUAAAAAAGCAUGUGAACAUAUCAAAGAUACACCAACCAUGUUUGCAUCAGCUCAAUGUAUGGGAUAUAGAUCAGAGAAAGGUAAACCUACCUAUGAUAUGUGUUAUCCAUCAGUUAAUACUAUUGUUAAUGAUGUCAAGGAACUAGUUGUAAAAUAUAAAGCUAAAACAGUGUUUGUGGCCACAGAUAGUAGAGAUCUAAUAGAAGAUAUGUCUAAAGUUAUCAAAGAUGUCAAAUUUGUUCGUCAGCCAUCUCCCGUUAGUUCUCAUGUAGAUCUUGCCAUUUUACAGAAAUCAGAUCAUUUUAUAGGAAACUGUAUCUCAACUUUUACUGCCUUUGUGAAAAGAUUACGUGAUGUUGAAAAAAAGGAGACAAGUUUCUGGGCUUUUAAAGAUUCCAGUGCUAAGAAAGAUGAGCUUUAAUUUUAGUUUGGUUUUAAACGAGGUAUUGUGUUGUAAUUUCAUAUGACAUGUUGUCAUCCUACUUUUCUGCACCUUAUUCAGCUAAAUGCAGUAUGCAAUGAGGAUAAUUUUUCCAAAACAAUAACCCAAACUUCUGAUUACUGUGUAGUUCUACAGUUGGAAUGACAGAAAGCUGCUGUCCUUGCAAAUUAGUCCUUAAUGCACACAAUAUGGCAUUGCCCUUAUUCAGCUGUGAAUUAACUUUAUUAUUAUUAUUAUUAACAUUAUACCAUUAAAAAAUAUAUAUUUUCCUAAAAAUAUUUAGUUACCACCUUAAAGAGCACAAUUUCAAGAGAUAUUAUUCGCCAUUUUUGUCCAAUCGUACUUUAGUCUCAGAAAUGGAAAUUUUUUUAGCUAAACCAAUCAGUAAUAGUGUUCACAGCUAACCGUCGAAAUUUGAGCCUUCAAACCCAUGUGUGUCCAGAAUUAUCUGUGUUUGAAAAUUAAAAAGAUGGCUCAUCCUUUUUUGAGACUCUGCUAUAUAUAGAAAUAGAACGUGAAAUUGUAAGGCAGGUAUUUUUGAAGGAAUUAUGCGAUUUUCAUUCAUAUCUAGCAGUUCUGUAGGCUAUUUGCAUAUAUUCAAGAGACCCAAAUCAACCCCCUAAAAUGGCGAAGCUGUUCCUUUCAAUAGUAUGGAAUGAAAGUAAAAUCUUUAAAAAAAAUAUAUAAUCUAAAUAAUUCUUGAUGCGCAAGUGAUAUUUCAUGCAUUUUUAUCAACUCCCUUUCAUUACAUCAAUCAAUAGAUUUUAAAACAGCAAGACAGUAAACAAGACAGUAGUUAGAUAGUAAGCAGUGCUAAAUAUGAUAUAUAUUUUUGACAGUUUAUUUUAUUAUUUUAUUUGAUAGUAUAUUUUUAUUUGUUGUUUAUGAUGUGUAAUAUUUAAUGUAUCAUGUUUAUGUAAGGGAUAAUAAUUGAGGUUAUUUUUGGAAAAAAAUAAAUGGAAAGAAAUGAUUCAUACUGCUUGAUUUUAACUAACAAUAAAGUCAAAUACAGAU